AUGACCUCCUCCGAUUAUGAAUACCCUUUGGAAGUUGAAAGAGUAGGUUUGAAAAUGAGCUAAAUUUAAUUCUACGUCUUUUGAGGGUAAAGUUGAGGGCUUUUGGAGGGGAUAAAAUAGGAUUUUAUCCAUUUUCCGACGAUUUUUUGAUAAUAUAAUUUUUUUUUGUUUUUGCGAAUAUUUUUUUAAAUUCAAAGGUUCAAGUGGGUCAAAGAGGCCUAGAAUUUAAUUUUCCAUCUUUCAGAAGCAGUUGCAUGUAAUCGAAUGGAACCAUUUGAACCUGUACAAGUUCUACCCGAUGGCCCUGGCCACUUCCUGGUCGGUCCGUUGCAUGCUCUACCCGAUGUCGGUGGUCAAGUCCCGACUACAGCUGCAGAAGAAGAACAAUGUCUACAGAGGCAUGACUCAUGCAUUUCGAACCAUCUUGAAGAAUGAAGGGAUCACCGCACUUUAUCGGGUGAGUACUGGUGGGAUAAGGUAAUGAAACGUGGAAACAUGAAGAAUUUUGAGAUUAAAGGGAAGAAAAAGGGUCGGAAAGGGCUAACGGAAGAGCAGCUGGGCAAUAUUUUGAAGUUAUAAAGAGUUUUGGCCAAGUUCUGACGGAGGGGAACACUUGACUCGGGGUCGAGUUUUUCUCUUGGUACCUUUUGAUCAGGGGUGGCAAACGGGCCUCUUUUUCCAAAUUUCAGGCCCGGGGCCCGGCCCGGCAAAAUCCCAGGCCCGGCCCGGUUCAAAAUUUUGCAGGCCCGGCCCGGCCCGGUAGAAAUCAGGCCCGGCCCGGCCCGGUAAAAGCCCGGUUAGGGCGCGAGCUGGAAAUUUUCCUUUGAUCUUACCGCCUCUGUAGUGUGCUAAAAUCUGCUAAGAACUAUCCUAUAUGUAUUAUAUGUUCUAAUUUGGACCUUAUAUUAUAACAUAUAUGCAAAAAAGUACUAUAAAGUAGUAAACUAUUGUAGAACUUGAUAUACUAAAAAUACAAACCUAUCCAAAAAUUUUUCCGGCGCGAAAACAUUGAAUGCCAAACGCUUGGCAUUUCGACAAAACCGGGCCGGGCCGGGCCUGAAAAUGGCUCAGGCCCGCGGCCCGGCCCGGUAAAAAGCAGGCCCGGCCCGGCCCGUUUCAAAAUUUGUCAGGCCCGGCCCGUUUAGGCCCGGGCUUCGCCGGGCCGGGCCGGCCCGGCCCGGUGGCCACCCCUGCUUUUGAUGAUUCCAAAGAUAUGAAGGCUUAGUAAAGAGUAGUAACUGGUUGAAAUCAACCUUUUUUUUGGCUUUCUGCUUUUCUGGGAAGCUUUAUCGUCUAAUUUGGGCGGAGAACAACACUUGACCCCGAGUCAGUUCUUUCUCUUGCUACUUUUUUGUAAUUUCAGGGGUAUGAGGGCUUAGUACACUAUUAUAAGCAGUAAGAUUUGCUUGAUAUCAACCUUUUUGUUGACAUUAUGGUUUUCUGGGAAGCUUCCCUGUCUAACUUAGGCAGAGAGGAACAGUUGACUCCGAGUCAAGUUUUUCUCUGGGUACCUUUUGAUGGAUUCGAGGGUAUGAGGGCUUAGUAUACGAAUGUAAAGAGUAAAAUUUGGUUGAGAUUAAACUUUUUUUGGCUUUCUGCGUUUCUGGGAAGCUUUCCCGUCUAAUUUAGGCAGAGGGGAACACUUGACUCGGAGUCAAGUUUUUCACUACUGAGUUACGGCCAAAUUUGAAAGUAAAGAGACAAAGUACGGACUGUAAGCAGUUAAAAACUCCUGUUUUGUCCAUAGUUUUGAAUUAGAAGCCGUUGAAAUUUAGAAAAAAAUCAAUUUUUACUCAUUCGGCACGCCACGAAAAAAGUGGAAAUAGAGAAAUUCGCGGGAAAAUGUUUUCGACAUUUCAUACGCUGAAACCGUUACAAAUAAAUAAUAAAAAUCUUUCCAAAAUUCUAAUAAACAACAAUUUACGUGUGAAACCGGCGAGAAAGCAUCGAAAGGAUUCUAGGAGGUGCACCCCGAACUUCUCAGAUUGAUCGAAGAAGAGAAAAGAAAUUAUAUUGUACUAGGCACCAUUGGAUCAAAAUCGAUGAAUCUGACCGAAUUCGAGCUCUUCCGGGGUUUACAAGACUAACAGGGCUUUGAUCUUGCUACAACAGACCACUACUAAAUUGAAAUUCAUCAAAUCUUGUUUAAUUCCACCUAAACAUCAAACCAAUAAGAAUAAUCAAAAUUACAUAAAUUUUUGACAAUCCAUCGCAUUUGUCGGAUGCAAUCUGAACUCGGAAAUCAAUCUCCACACCCUUUGGUACAUUACGCAGGCUUUCACAUUCUACUUCAACAUGGACCGGCUGAAAUAUCAAUUAUAUUAUUUUAGGUAUAACCAGAGAAAAUUAUUAGCUCAACGGCCUAGAAAAACAAAAAAAUCAAAAAGACAACGUCACAAACUUACCUUGAAAUGUUCUGAACGUCGUCUGCUUCCUCUGAUCCAGCUUUGCUCACGCCUUCUCUUCGCGUUUCUCCAUCAGUUCCUGCAAAAUGAUGCAAUAAUCGAUUGACAAGUGCCCUUUUGCUAUUGUCAAAUUUCCAGAUUUCUUCUUCAUAACGUCCGCUAGGAUGUCUCACACAACACCACAUGGCGAUUAAUCCCUAAAACUCAGGACAAAAGAGAAAUCUUACAUUUUCUGAAGAGACCUCCAUGGAUGGUAAAUCAAUGUUUGGGUCAUAGCGCGACGGGCCGGGCUCCAUGGACUCAUCCAUUACGUUCAAUACGAUCUUCCUCCUGCUCUCCGCUAAUUUUAUCUUCAUUUGCUUCUUCUGGUCCAGCUUUUCUCGCGCUUUCUCCAGUCCGUUCUUGCGUGUCUCCAUCUGAUCCUGCAAAAUGAUGCAAUAAUCGAUUGACAAGUGCCCUUUUUCUAUUGUCAAAUUUCCAGAUUUCUUCUUCAUAACGUCCGCUAGGAUGUCUCACACAACACCACAUGGCGAUUAAUCCCUAAAACUCAGGACAAAAGAGAAAUCUUACAUUUUCUGAAGAGACCUCCAUGGAUGGUAAAUCAAUGUUUGGGUCAUAGCGCGACGGGCCGGGCUCCAUGGACUCAUCCAUUACAUUCAAUACGAUCUUCCUCCUGCUCUACGCUAAUUUUAUCUUCAUUUGCUUCUUCUGGUCCAGCUUUUCUCGCGCUUUCUCCAGUCCGUUCUUGCGUGUCUCCAUCUGAUUCUGCAAAAUGAUGCAAUAAUCGAUUGACAAGUGCCCUUUUUCUAUUGUCAAAUUUCCUGAUUUCUUCGUUACAACGUCCGCUAGAAUGUCUCACACAACACCACAUGGCGAUUCAUCCCUAAAACUCAGGACCAAAGAGAAAUCUUACAUUUUCUGGACCCACAUCAAUAGGUGGAGAAUCAGUUUUUGCGUCACAGCGCGAUGGGUCGGGCUCCAUGGACUCAUCAGUUAUAUUCAAAACUUGAAACUGACAACAACGUAAUUUUUGACAUACUAUUCAUCCCUAAAUUAUUCCAAAUCUCAAAGUUACAAUACUAUCUAGCAAAAUAUUCAUUCGUUCAAAAAAAUUAAAAACAUUGGGCGCAGCUCGAAAUCUCUAUUUCCAAUUUUGCCUUACGUUUUUCGUGGCGUGCAUUCGGGGUCAAGUCUUGUUGAGUCCCGAGACGAAACCUACGACUACGUUAUUGGCAUUCCGUUUCAUUCGAAGCUUCUCGAAGCCUAGAAGAAAAGGGAGCUCAGUUGUUACAUAUUAUUCAGUGAAUGUUUGGUGUUACGCUACGUUUUGUUAUUAUUAUUCUGUAAUAAACCUCUCUAUAUUUGUUACCCUACAUCUGGCUGACUACAUACCUUCACAACUACACGUGAAGAUACAACAAGUCUUCCCCUGUGAAGAUUUGAAGAAAUUUGAAGGGUUUAGAGCAAAUUGAAUGUUCCAUGGGUGCUAUAACACUAAAAACUGCUAUUUUCAGGGAUUCUGGGUGACCCUCCCGCAGCUCAGCGCCUCCUUUGUGUACUCGUCGGUGUACGAAAAACUGCGGAACGUCAUCCGCGAACACACCCGCCUCGAGUCGCCGCAAGUGGUCUCCGCCUUGGCAGGCGGCACGGCCAGCGUCUGCACACAAUUUGUGUUCGUCCCCACCGACAUUGUCGCGCAGUACAUGAUGGUCCACCACAAUCCGAAGCAAUUCACCGGAGGGAAUCGGGGAAACGCGUGGGUUCUGGACAUUCUGCAUCGCGACGGACUCGAAAAACGAUACACAUUGGGUAAGGGAGUGAUUUCGGAGCGGUUUGGAGGGAUUUUGAGGGAAAAAAUGUUUUCGUCCCGGGACCCGGAGAGGGGUGGGAUGUGGAAGAGUUUUGGGAUUUUUUGAAGUAGAGAGUUGUAGAAAACGAGGGAAAAAUAGUUAUUAUGAUGUUUGAAGGCGUUAAAAAUCAUUUGAAAUAAUUUUGAAAAAGUUUCCUUGGGUUUCAAUUUUUCGUGGCGAGACCCAAAGAAAAUUGAUUUUGUCGAAAAUUUUGGGCGUUUUGGCCUCAGGCUAGGUUUAGAAAUCAAGCCAAAAUCUUUUUUGUAGUUUUCAGAGCCAUUUUUUCACUUUUCUAUCAGUUCCCCUGAUUUUCAGGCAUUUCGUGUCGGCACCCAAAAAUUGAUAAUUUUGAAAAUUUGAGGCAUUUUAUCCUCAGAAUAGGCCUAGAAAUAAAGCCAAAAGCAUUUUUUUAGUUUUUCGGGGCCAUUUUUUCACUUUUCUAUCGUUUUCCCUGAUUUUCAGGCAUUUCGUGGCGGGACCCAAAAUUGAUACUAAAUCUCGUAUUUUAGGCCUCAGAGUGAUGCGAGCGGUCUACAAAGCCGACGGAUUACUCGGCUUUUACCGCGGAUUCCUCUCCUCUCUGAUGAUGUACAUCCCAUCGUCGAUGGUGUUCUGGAUCGUAUAUUACGAUUCGCUGAUACGAAUGAAGAAGGCAUACACUCAAAUCAUGUCGAACGGCGAAACUGCCGACUUUGCUGACCUCCCCAAAGAUCAACAGAACUUGUUGGCCCUCCAGGCGACCGCCGGCGCUUGUAGUGGACUUGCAACGGCCGUUGUAACGAACCCAUUGGAAGUGCUGAGGAUAAGAAUUCAGGUGAGGAAUGGGGCUGGAAUGGGUUGAUUGGGGAAGAUUGGGGCAUUAUAGAGUGGAAUUAGUUGGGUUGGAAUGGAGGUUUGGCUGGAAUAUUGUUUUAGGAUAAAAAAAUUUUUGAUGGUGGUAUAAUAUAGAAUAAGGUGAAAAUUGGUGAAACUAUGGAAAUAUGUUCGUGGAAUAGGCUGAAUUAGAUAGAAUAAAGUGUGAAAGGCUUGGAAUUGGGGGGAUUUGACAUAUCAGAGGUCAAGAUAUUGUGUAAAAUGUAUAAUUUAACAUUGAUGUCUAUGACCUAAAAUAAGGUGGAAAAUGACGGAAGUGAUGAUAGAUUGUAGUUUGAAUGGGCGUUUGGUAUAUUUUAGGACGUGGUUUGCCUGAAUUUGUUGGAAAUUUUUAGCUAGGGAGGUCAGAAUAUAGUUUUAGAAUGAUUUUUAAUUUUGAUGACAAUACAGCUAAAAUAAGGUAAAAUUUCUUGAAAAUUUAUAAGUUUGUUAAUGUAAAAUACGCUGGCUUUUAUUUUGGUUUAAUUUCGUAACGUAAUCGGAGAAAUAAUUGUUUGAUUUUACCAAAAUUUUGAGAUUUUUAUCAAAGUUUUGACCUAAAAUAAUAUAAAAUUUUCGUUCCAGGUCCACCGAACGAACUACUGGGACACGAUCCGCCGCAUGUACCGCUACGAAGGCGCAGCUGUCUUCACGAAAGGCCUCCCGCCACGCCUGAUCAACAGCGGCAUCUACUCCUGCCUGAUCAUGAUCGGCUACGAGACCGUCAAAAGACAUUGUGUACUCCCCGAGUACGAAAGCUCGAUAGUAUGGUAG